GCACACGGCAACAACCGAAUAUCGAAACUCGUUCCCUGUUCAGCCAGCCUGCCGCCUACGACCUUGCGAUAACUGUAGACGAUAGUAACAUCACUGCGGAAUUGCCAGUGUGAGAUACAGUUUGAGGUUCCUACAGAGUUUCCCACAAGGGCCUGUUAUCGGUCAUCACAGCCCAGGCACACUCGCGGCGGUUGGAAUUUGACAUUCGUCAUCGGGUAGCGCUUACCACACAAACUCCCCUGACAACCGUUAGGCGAGUGCCAGUCUGAAACCCUUUGGUUCACGACAACAUAUUUCUUGCAAGUGUUUACUUCGGGGUUAUUAAAGACCGCAACCAUGGCAACCGACGAUAACUUCCCCUGCUCGCUAACACUCCGAGUGCCCUUCCCUGAUGCUCGGUUAGCUUCUGUUGCCCUGCAGGCUUUGAGGGUGGACAAGGAGCUCUCCGGCCUCGUGAAGCGGGAACUUUCGACCGUUGCGUCUCCUGGCAGCGAACAUGCUGGGGAGACGGUCCUGCAAGUCGACUACAAGGCCACCACAAACCGCAUGCUGCGCGUUGCCGUGAAUUCCUUUAUGGACAGCCUAGCGUUGGUGUUGGAGGUGCAGGAGGAGAUGGAUGUGGAUGUCAUUGAGUCUGAGAAAGCCAGCAUCUGAGGGCUGCUUGUGUCGAGACUCUUACGGGUUCACUCCUGCUGCAGCAGACUCAAUUCGCCCACUCUCCGCCCACUCUCAUCUGGGGCCAAAGAUGACGCGACAGACAUGGCGCCAUGCCUCUGGACACUGAGCGGUUAGCAGGUAGAGGCAACAAUGGUGGUUGAUCACCACCUGUACGUAUGCCUAUCUCCUGGGGUAUGAGGUGUCCCUACGACGGUUUGUUCGGACCUGCCAUUUGGACUUGCUAUCUCUGGGCAUCACAUGACAAUCCGCACCUGCUUCGAGUAGGCGUGUCAUCUCUUCAUAGACAGGCAGGUCAAGAUACGAAUCAAAAUAGUCACCAAAACAACGCAAGGAAGCGCCAAAGACAUAUCUAUCCCUGCAUUCAACCCUUAGCAGCGUUCGAAUCAUGGGUUAAAGCUAGGUAAAUGGGGUAUCUGGUUUUGAGUGUGCUCUUACUUUCCUUGAAACAGUGGUCAGGUAUCAGUC